AUGUCGAGACGGAUGGAUAUGACAGCAGCACAGGUACGCAGCGUGUAUGAACAGUUACACAUCUCGCUUGACGAAAGAGUGGCACGUGAGUUUGGUAUUGGUGAUACGGACAGCAGUGAGCAGCAGCAACAUCGAUAUGAGACUGGCGGGAAAGACGACGAGUUGUUGAAGAGCGUGAAGUUUGAAAUUGAGCGAUAUCUUCAUAACGUGAUUGAGAUGAGCGGCAACUCUAUCCGGAUAGACAGGGGACGCGGAACAGCCGCUGCUACCGCUUCAGCAACUGGAAGAGCAUCAUCGACCACGACAACUGCUGCCGUUGUGGCCUCCGAAUUAGCAACAAGUAAUGGGUAUAUUGAAGAAUUUGAUACGACACUCAAUGAAACAGUUCGUGAGAAAUAUCAAGAAUGGGAAGACCUUACAGUAAAGUUGUCCCAAUUGAGAGCACAGGCACCACAAGAGAUUAACAACCAAUUUACCAACAACAAGAUGGGCCUCUACAAACAGAUUGACACUGCCCUGGAACAAACACAAAAACAAAAGCAACCACCACAAUCAGACCCAAAAACUGUUGGAAAUGGUGACGGAACUGCAGGCGUUACUGAUGAAUGUGAAAAUGGAAAUGAAAGUGAAGCUGAAAGUGAAAUGGUAAUUCCAACGAAGAGCGACUAUCACGAAAUCCUAACGAAUGUCGCACACACUGCACAACAAUUGCCGUCCCACAGACAGCAGCUCGAUUCUCUCCGGGGGCUUGUUGCGUUCCUCGAUACUGCGUCCACCACCCGCCACCAAGACCACCACCGAUCUUGA